AUCCUUCGUCUCAUAUUACCAAACUACAACUCCUGAUUUAAAAAAACAACUCUGAAAACUUUUAAAGGACCAUUCAUUCAUACAACGAGAUUUGCCAUAUGUUUCUUAAUUGGUUAAAUGCUGCUUGCAAAGUGCUUUAAUUGGACUUUUGGCUUAAGAGGAUAACUUGGCUCAUUCAUGGUAUGUGAACAGGCUCAGCACGCUGUGUCUGUGACUUACCUUGUUUAACAUUUCAGUGACAUGAGACUAGUUAAGAGUGUGCUGACAUUUCUGAGAGAAAUGGGUAUCACGUCCCAGCUGUCAUGAAACUGCUCUAAAGAGGUGACUUCUGCAUCAUGACCACAAGUCACUAAGAUUGUGGUUAUUGUUAUUUGUUUUUUUUGUUACCAGGUUUUUGCACUGGUAACAACUUGUGUCCCCUGUCAACUUUUGGCGUGUAGCAAUGACUGCGCAUGUGACCAUGUCAGAUUGGAGCAGAUUUUUUAUUAGAUUAGACAGAAUCUGUUGCGCUGUGAGAACAAGCGAGCUAACAUCCAGUGUCCUAAUAUGUCCUGGCAGCUCAGACCUGUUUACAGCUUUAGCCUUCACACGUCAGACAACAGAUGACGACACUGCUCUCAGCCUCUUUGACAAUCAGUUCCUGUGAUCAGUAGAGUGGGCAUAAACCAAAUAAUCUAGUAGCCUAAAUAAUAUUUGGAAAACAUAGUGAAAACUGUAUAUGUAUAUUAGAGACAUUUGAACAAAAGACAGUCCAGUCAAGUGUCAGCUUUACACACAUGUGGACAAAAUUGUUGGUACCCUUUCAUCACAGAAAGAAAACCCAGAGCAGUCACUGAAAUAAGUGGAAAUUGUGGCCCAACAGAAUUAUUUUCAAAGACAAACUAAUGAAAGUGCCCUGGACAGAAAUGAUGCUACCCCUAAAUUUAUUUGUAGUUGUGCAGCCUUUUGAGGCAAUCACUGCCAUCAAACAAUUUCUGUAAAUCUCAGUAAGACUUGUGAACCUGUCAGGAGGUAUGUUGGCCCACUCUUCGAGAGUACACUAUGCUACUAGUGUCUCAUCUUCAAAGACUGGUCGCCAGUUGCCAGUUAGGCAGAUUGGACAAUCAACCAUUAACACUGACAUUCAGACCAAUGAGCAAUUUCAAGUCUUCAAUAAAUCUGUGAGGAAGCCGGAGUACCAGGAGAAAACCCAUGCAACAACGAGGAGAACAAACUCCACACGAGAUAGUCGAACCUGGAUCUACUCACUAUGAGUCAGAUGUGCUUACCACAUGUUCCACCAUGAUUAUAGAAAGCCAGAAAAGGUUUUAUGUGAAUAAUUAAUAUAAAUACACUUUUUUUUUUUUUCUUUUUAAACCGAUUGUACGCAGAGUGACGGGGUGAGCUGGAGCCGCGAGGCGGGCUACAUCCUGGACUGAAAAACAUUGCAGAUAUAAAGUUUUUAAUGUUCUAAAUCUCCCCAAAGGUUAUUUUAAUCAAUUAGUAAACAUCACAAUAUUACCAUGUGAAAGCAUUUUUCUGUACUAUUUACAAUUAUUGUAAUUAUCAUAUUACUGUAACAGACUUACACAAUACAAUGAAAUAUACAGUGACCGAUUUACUAUUGUGGAACAUUUGUCUUUCACUGUUUCCUGCUAAGUGCGCUGCUACAUGUUGUUUGUUUGUAUAAUACAUUUGUCAAACAUGAAGAGAGUAAGUUAUGACCUUAUGAGACUUCAAUAUUGUUGAAAUUGGUUGGGGUAAUGGUGGGAUGAUUUGCUUGCUCUUGGUUGGGCAAAACUGGGGCAAAUUAUUUAUUUGAUGAUCAGCCGCAUAAAGCCUAGCAUUCUGACACUCAGAAGCUCUAUUUUGAUACCAUUUUGAGCCCCAAACAGUGUUGCACCCUUUUCAUUGUGGGUGCAGGAUGACUUUGCCCUUGUGUGCUAAUGUCAUCCCUUACUCAUCAGAGGAUGGAGACAUUUGGGAUGUGGAUAAACUGAUCCUUUAUCUAUAUCACCAGGCUGCUUUUCUGUGACCUUGCUGCCUGCCGUUUCAUAGCAUUGCCUUACUGUGCAGAUCAGCAAUUAUCCCAGCAAUUCAAACAAACGACACACACAUUGUCUGUUGUGACACACAUUCUGAGCAUUUUUUAACAGUCCAUCCCCCCACACUCACUCACACACGCACUAAGACACACACACACACAACACACACACACACACAGACGCACGCGCGCACAAUCUAUGUGAGGCCUGCCCCCCACACACACUCAUACCAAUUGGAGAAAGUACUUUGUGCACUCACACACUGACUGGGCAGGAGAGAGAGAGAGUCUGGUGGGUGGAGGUGGAUGGAGACAGAAAGAGACAGUGGGACUGCGGAGCGAAGCCAGACCAGACACAGAGGAAGAGAUGCUGCUCGUAAAGAAGGGAUACCCAACACUGACUGCAGAGGGGAGACAGAGAGAAAGACUUAAGUAGGAUAAGAAUGGGAGGGCAGAAAUAGGAAGGGGAAGCGGGCCUGUCCAGCGUAGAGGAGGAAGAGAGUAAAUUGUUGUUCCAGAGGCAAGAGGGAAUGUGAUGGGAUGGCAUUGAUCCCUGGGAACUGUCGCUUCUUGGGCCAGAUGGCGUCUUGUUGCUGCAGACCGCUGCUCAACUCCUCCUGCUGUGGACCCCUCAUCAAAAUCUGCCUCUCCUCCCUCACAGACAUAUCUCCUGCUGAGCUGGAUGCUUUGUGGAGGGAACCGCCAUAUGCUCUCGGGGGGACCCACGAACACUUUUCAGGAAAUUACAUAAUGACUGAAGGAGAUGAUGAGGAUAGCCCACUGGUGGAGUCAGUUGAAGAAAAGCUGGAACCAGAAAACUACUGGAAGAAGAAAGAGCCCUUUUUUAGAGGAAGUCGGGUGACACAGGGCGAGAAAUGCUCCUCGGAAAUUAUGCUCUUUUUCACUGGACGCCGACGCUCCAGUGAGGACCCUGAUCGGGCUGUCCAGGAGGCCUUGCGCACCCGGCUCCGAGUAGUGGAGAGCAACAGCAAAGACGUCACCCAGUUGUUUAAGGACCUGUCUGCACGUCUGGUUUCUGUCCAUGCAGAGAAGGACAGCUUUGUCCUCACAUUUAAAACAGUAGAGGAAAUCUGGAAGUUUUCGACUUAUCUAGCAUUAGGUUACGUGGCACGCUGCUUGGAGAACUUCCUGUGUGAUCAAUCCUUCUGGCUGGAGCCAAAACUGCUCAGCGACUUGGAGAUUAAUGUAACAGUUAACGAGGAUCACCUGGCCACCCUCUACCUCGAGCUUUUACUCCAGGAAGGAUCUUUCUUUGCUAAGGCGCUGUACACAAGAAGUGACGAGGAUGAUGAAGAUCAGCUGUCUUUCCAAAAGAAUGAUCUUCUCAUUGUGAAGGACACAGGACAGGAGGAAAUGUGGGAGGGUACACUGCUCUCCACUGGACACCAUGGCCUAGUUCCUGUCAAUGCCACUCAGCCACUUCCCUACCCCUUUUACCAGUGGUUCCUGAGGAAUUACCCAGGUUAUGCAGGGUGCUCGCUGACAGAGAAGGAACCAUUUGAUCAUCCACUUGUGACAGGUUCGUGUGUGGCGGUGGUCGACUACAGUCCAACCGUUCAAGAUGAACUCCAGCUAAGUCAAGGGGAUGUUGUAGAGAUUCAGGGUCUACUUAUUCGAAGCGUUGGCCUCUUCAUAGGAAAAAACGUCUCCACUUGUCGUACUGGCUUCGUCAACAAGGCCCAUGUCAAGCCUCUGGACACCAUGUCCCUAGACAGACAUUUGGUCUUUCUGACCGAGGAGGAGCGAGACACGCUGGCUCAAAUGAGCCUGUUCAGCUCUGAGCCGUGUGAUAGCAACUUACUGGAAAGGCUCUUCUCAUCUGACAUCAGCUCUGUGUACAGGCUAGACAGGCUGGAUGAGUCUGACUUCAUGUACAUCAGGAAUCGGCCCAAGCGUGAUCACAAGGUCCCUGCAAGCACACGUCAGAGUGUCAUGUCAGAAAAAAGCGGUGGAACGCCCCCGUACCACUCCUCCCCCCGCCCAUCGCUAUCACACUCGUCCCCCCGUGUGUCGCUCUAUCAGUCCCACAAUCCUCUGGCACAGGAGGGAGAGCGCCUGUCCUUCACUCUAGAUGACACAUUCAGGGACCUCAAUGAAUUCCAGGAGGACCUGCCUCUCUUCUUGGAGGAAACCAGUUGGGAGGGGGAUGAGUCAGAAGUUAGCGACCCGACAUUGACCCUGCUAAACCAUGACCACUUCCAGAAAGACUUCCUGCCCCUGUACGACCUCCAGUGUUCCUUUCUGUGGGUGACCUUCAAUGGGAAGGGCGAGAGUGAACUCUCAGGACAGCUUGAGAGUGUAAGGGAGUGUGCAAAGAGGAUGGGCAUGCACUGGGCACAUAGGCGAGCAUGCUUCCUCCUGGGAAGACUCUGUGCCAGGAAGCUGAAGCUAUCCCAGGCUCGCGUGUAUUAUGAGGAAGCUCUGAAUGUUCGUGUGGACAAUUUCAGUGACACGCCGCUUUUGAUCGCACUCCUAACCAACCUCACAGCUGUUUACCUGAAGCAGCGUAUGACAGAUAAGCUGCCCCUCACCCUGGAAAAGGCCAGCGCCAUGCUGCUCUGUCUUCCCAACCAUACCUAUACAUCCUCAGAUGAAAUUGAGCUGCUGAAGCUGCUUCUGAGGAGAUCCAUGGUAAUGGGGGAUAAAUAUCUGGAGGCCCGUGUGUGCUACCUUAUCGCCAGCCUCUUCCUGCUUCUAAGGAAACCUGAUGACGCUCUUCCCUUUGUUGAGCGCCUACAGUUCCUCUCCUCAACUCUCUUAGCCAACGACGGGCUUCCUAUAGUACCUCCGGACCUCAACUGGCUCUUGAGCUUGCUCUAUCAUCGUAAAUACAUGCCUCACUUGGUGUUGGCUUCUCUGAGCCUCGACUCAAGACAAGACCACUCACUCCAUGACGCUUUCCAGAGGAUUGAGAGAUUUAUUAGGAAUUCAGCUCGCCUGAACCCAUUCUGGAAGGAAGGAACCUCCCUGCUCCCUGCCCAGAUUGUGGUUUACCUCUUGCAGACGCUGGCUAUAGCUGAGAAAGAGAGGGACUUAAAGAUGCAGAGGGACCUAUGUCUGGGCUUGGCCUCAGUUUACCAGCAGUAUGGUGCCCUUGAUAAGGCUGUGCAAUGUGCUCAACAAGCAGUGGAGACGGGAGGCUACAUCAAUGAAGAGGAAGGCUUUGAGGCCUCUGUGCUGCUUGGCUGGCUGCUGGUUUUAACAGGCCAGGCUGAGAUGGCUCAGGGUGUCCUACAGCCACUUCUUAUGUCACUUGAGGGAACAGAUAGCUCCACUCAAAGAGGCGUCAUCCACAAUCUCUUGGCUUUAUGUCUGAGACAGCAGGGCUGCAUACCAGAAGCAGGGCUGCAACUUUACUCGGCCUUGGUGAUAGGCCGCGAAAGUGGAAACCAGAGGAAUCAGGCCCUGGCACUGGCCAACUUAGGCUGCCUGGCACUGGAUACAGGGGCGUCUACAUUGGCAGAGCAUUUCUUGGUCAGAUCCCUGCACCUUUUUCUUGACAUCUGGGAGAGCCCCACAGAUGAGGAGCAUGUGCAGACCUUCCUUUGGUUGGGGAGGAGCUACAAGAAUAGGGGGAAGAGUCACCACAUCAGGUCCUGUUAUGAAAUGGGACUUCUGAUUGCACUGCAUGCUAGAAACCUGCCCAGUCAGUUAGUGGUGGCCAAGGUGCUGAGUCGACUGUAUUCCGACAUGCUGCUUUACGGUCAAAGCAUCGUCUAUUAUGAACACUGUGUGUCAGUAGCCAGAGAGCUGAAGGACAAGCGACUUGAAGGAGAAUACCUUGAAAUCCUAAGCAGUCUUUACCUCUCACUAAAUACUGAAAGAUCAUCUCUUAAGUCUCUAGAUUACACCAAGCAAAGCCUGAGGAUUUCCAUUGAUUUGGGCAAAAGAGAAGAAGAGUCAGAGACCUGGUUGCAGGUGGGAAGGAUCUAUUAUCUCAUCCAGGAGGAUGAGUUGGCCGACAUGUACCUGCAGGCAGCAGUGAAGACAGCGCUUAGAAUGAACGACCCUCAUUUUUCGAUGAGCAUCUAUGAAGAAGCGGGGGACGUCUACUUUAAAGGGCACAGGAACAGAAUGGCAUCAGUACCUUUCUACAGAGAUGGCGGUUUACCAUUUUCCCGAAGUAUCAGAGAUAUCCAUUCAGAGUUCCGUUUGUUGAGUAAACUAACAGAACUGUUAAUGGACCAGGGGGAGCAGGAAGAGGCUCUGCAAUAUGCUUCACUAGCGGUUGAAAUGGCAAACAAAACCGGUGUGUGUAUGAAUGAGAGGACAGCCUACCACCGACUGGCGACAGUUUACUACAGCCUUCAGGACUAUGAGAUGGCCGAGAACUACUAUCUCAAGUCCCUGUCUCUCUGUCCGCCUGUCAUGCAGCACCCAAUGGAGGCUCGCUACUACACUCAGGUCUACUGCAGGCUGGGAAAUCUCACUCUGCACAAACACAAGGAUUCGUUUGAUGCAUUGGGUUAUUUCCACCUUGCUCUGGCAGCUGCCCUGGAGGAUCGAGCUAACCCCGAGGCUCUGUACGUCGUGUAUAUGAAGCUGGCGGAGAUCCACAGCAACCACGUGCCUGACGCUCAGCUAUGCCAGCUGUAUAGAGACCGCGCCCAUAGCCUGAAGAGAGUUCUGUCAGGAGCAGGGGACUCUGCUGUGAACGAGGAUAUUGGAAAAGAUACAAGUGAAGACUGUGAUAGUGACCCAUUCCCAAAAACAUGUAGGAUGCAAAUAGAUACCCACAGUGACACUGAAAUUGUUAAUGAAGUUGACAACAGGAGAGAGGAUGUCUACAUUCCUCCUCCUGACACGAACAAUGAGUUUGUUGACAUCUCUGCAUUUAUCAUCAGUCAGUCUUACAGUGAGAGUAUUUUGACUGACUCCUUUGACACAGCCAGGGAGCAUAUGUCAGACUCCUGCAGCUCCACGGACACUGUGCAAACUUCCCCGAAAGAGAUAAAUGCGAAUGUUUUGACCUCAAGUAACAUCAGUCCCCAUUCCGAGAAGGAAACGGUCAUGGAUCCACAUCUUGAGCAGAAAGAUCCCGCUCAGAUAGACAGCAGUGCAGAUAACUUUCCAUCCUGAGUGGAUUCACAUGGACUUCCAGACAAAAAAAACCCGUGGCACUUUAUGUUCUUCAUUUCCUUUUUCUGGUCACGUGUCUGAGCCAAAUGCAAUGUUUGAAAAAAAUGGCACUUGUUGUAUAGCAUGAGAUGAGGGUUCUAAUUCACUUUAAAUUGUGUGCCUUUUUAUGAUGUAGUUACCAUAUUAGAAUACUGUCGUAAUUUUCUACAUCUUUUAUACCUCUGUAACAUGUCUAAGUUUAUGUCAAUAAGACUAAGUCUAUGACAAUAUCAAUAAAUUAUUUUUGUCUAAUAUUGA